ACGCGUGUAGUGUUCAUCAGGUCAUUCUACUUUCACUGACACCGUAAAAUGGAAAUCACUCUUCUUCUCUUCUCCUCUGUUCAGUUGAACCAGUUCUCUUCACUCUGGGGUUGAAGCGAGUCUUCGCCACGCGCCGCCACCGGUUGCGCUCCGAUCAGGUGAAAUGGCAGGGAGUUCAAGUGGAAGAGGAGGCAAAAACGGUAUGGAUCUGACAGUUGAGGACGAUUUGGAUUUUGAGCUGAAACUCGAGGAGGACUUGGAUUAUGAGCUGCCAGAGCCACCUUAUACGACUACAUUUUCGAGGGAUGUUGGGGACAACGUUGCUAGUUCAUCUGGAAGCAAACUACGAUCAUUCUUUAUUGGAAUGGGAUUCUUGCCCUCCCUUGUCGAUAAAGUCAUAGAGGAAAAUGGUGAAGGAAACUCUGACACAUUAUUAGAGAUUCUCUUGAGAUCCGCUCGUAAAUCCAAUGGUGACUCAUCAGAUUUCUUGGAAGGCUCCCUUAAUACGAGCAAGGGCCGGAGAAGUGCCCCAAGUGUCUGUCCUGCUGGUCACUCAAAAGAGGAUCUUCAAAAAUCAAAUUCACUGUCUUCUGAUUCACUGGAUAGCUUGUUUGAUGAUAAGGAUUCUCCCGAAAUUUCCAUGGUCAAUCAACCAAAAGAGGAGGUUGGUGAACUUGACGAUGUUAUUGAUGAUAAAAGAGGUUCCUUGCUGAGGAUGAAUUUCUCUCUGGAGGAAGUUGAAUUUGCAAUCAAUAGACUCGGUGAUGAAGCGUCAAUUCCUGAGCUGGUGGACUUCAUCUUUGCUGCCCAGAUUGCUAAAAAAAUGAAAAGGGAAACAGAUGAUGACGUCAUCUGUUAUGAUAGUAGGAAUGAGGUUAGCCAUGAAAAACUCUAUGGAAUUAUGGCUAAAACACUUUACUUGCUUGAAAUGGGCUUCUCCGAGAGUGAAGUGUCCUCAGCAGUUGAUAAAUUAGGUCCAGAGGCUCCAAUUUCAGAGCUCGCAAACUUUAUUUUUGCAGAACAAAAUGGGAUUGAUUAUGUAAUGGAAUACAAGUAUCCCUGGAUCAAAGAGGAACAACAUAGCGAUAUGUAUGAUACAGCGGAAGUGAAACCUGAGGAUUUUAGCGAUGAACCUUCACAAUCAAGGCAGGUCAACUUGGAGGAAACUUACAAUGGUAAAAGGGUGAAGGAAGAGGGUAUUGAUGAAAUUCCCAAUGCUGUUUCUGACAUGGGAUAUUUUGAUCUUGCGGAGAAUGAUAGAGGUAAAAGACCCAAGUAUGAAUAUGAUGAUGAUUCAAGCGAUUCUUUUGAUCCUUAUUGGGUGGAAGAAAAGGUCGAUUCUGUUGUUGCUAGAAUGUCGCAACUUAACAAAUCAAAUCCAUCGAGGUCUCUGAAUAGUAUGGCAGCGAAGCGUCCAUUUUUUCUAUACGGAAACGUGGCUAACAUAUCUUACGACUCAUGGGUAAAAUUGUCUCAGUUCUUAUAUGGUGUUGAACCUGAGUUUGUGAACAAUCAGUUAUUUUCAGCCUUGAAUAGAAUUGAAGGCUAUAUACACAAUCUUCCAGUUGAAAACAGGUUCCACAUCCUUCCGAAGCCACCUAUGACCAUUGAGGAUGUUCUUCCGCGGACAAAGAAAUGGUGGCCACCUUGGGAUUCAAGAAAGCAGUUGAGCUGCAUCAAUUGUGAAACUAGAGGUGUAGCUCAACUUUGUGACAGGCUAGGAAAGUUUCUAGCUGAUUCUGGCGGAGUACCCUCGUCUGAACAGCAGAGAGACAUUCUUCGCUAUUGCCGUGGAUUGAAUCUUGUGUGGACUGGUAAAUACAAACUGGGUCCGGUAGAGCCUGAACACUUGGAGCUUAUCUUAGGCUACCCUUCGAAUCACGUUGGUUCUGUCGAGAGUGAUUUGGCCGAAAGACUUAAAUCACUAAAAUACUGCUUCCAGACAGACACAUUGGGAUAUCAUCUUUCUGUUUUGAAACCUGUUUUUCCUAGUGGACUGACUAUGUUGUCACUUUUCAGUGGAAUUGGUGGAGCAGAAAUUGCCUUGCACCGCCUUGGUAUUAAAAUAAAAGCUGUCGUCUCAGUUGAGACUUCUGAGAAAAAGAGGAGGAUUCUCGAGAGGUGGUGGCGUAGUUCGGGACAAACGGGGACUUUGGUUCAGAUUGAAGAGAUUCAGAAGUUGACUAGUAAAAAACUUCAGAGCCUAAUUAGUAAAUUGGGUGGCUUUGACCUGGUAAUUUAUCAGAGCCCAAGUCCUAGGGGUGGUGAAAGUAUCGCAUCUGUAGAUUUUUCAGUGUUUCAUGAAUGUGUUCGUGUUUUGCACCGUGUAAGAGGUUUGUGUGAAAGAAUGUGACUCGGAUCUUGUUGUAAAUUAUGUCAGAUUAUAUGCUUUGGUUGCAUGCCCUGUUCUUGACAAAGGCAGCUGCUACAAAUUGUGACAUCAUGUAAAAUUUUCAAUGCAGGAAAUUUUAGCAGUAUUGUUCGGAUCUAUAA